AUGGCCGCCCGUUUCACCCCCCGUCUCUUCCAGGUAGGUUCUGCCAACUAUCACCAACAUCAGCACGCCACUGCGAUAACCACCGCCCAGUCGCAAAAGUCGCAGCAGAUUCGCAGCAUACGCCGUCUUCACGAAUUGCACGGUCGACACACACACACACACACGCACGCGCACACUCGCUCGACCAUGCCACUUCGCCACACGUGCGGCACUUGCGCCCAAUUCGUCAUCGCACCUCGCAGCGCCCGCAACCCUACGACCGACUUUGCUGACGUGCCACGCUCCCCCGUUCUGUGCGGUCGUCUUCCACAGCAGGCUACCCGAGGCUACGCCUCGCAGGCUGCCGCCGUCCGAGCUCCCCGCCAGCUCGAUGGUCUUGCCGGCAAGUACGCAUCGUCGGCAUACGUCGCUGCGCUCUCCAAGGACGCCAAGACGCUCGAGAAGGUCGAGGCCGACCUCAAGUCGGUGCAGUCGGCGCUCGCCGGUGCCGAGGGCGCCAAGCUCAAGACGUUCAUCGCCAACCCCACGCUCAGCGCCUCGGACCGCACCAAGGGCCUCGACCAGCUGCUCUCCUCGGGCAAGUCCAAGGCCGACCCCAUCACGCACAACCUGUUCACGGUUCUUGCCGAGAACGGCCGUCUCGCCGAGACGGAAAAGGUGAUCGAGGGCUUCCAGGACCUCAUGACGGCCUACCGCGGCGAGGUGGAGGUGACGGUGACCUCGGCUACGCAGCUGGACAAGUCGACCAUCUCGCGCAUCGAGUCGGCACUCAAGGGCUCGCAGAUCGCCGCCAAGGGCAACGGCAAGACGCUGCGCAUCGUCCAGAAGGUCAACCCCGCCAUCCAGGGCGGUCUGGUGGUCGACUUUGCCGGCAACACCGUCGACCUCUCGGUCGCCUCCAAGGUCAACAAGCUCAACGCUCUGCUCGAGCAGGGCAUCUAA